ACAUGGGAGACAGGGAAGGAAAGUAGAGUGGCGAAAAGCAGAAAGUGAGACACUGAGCAGGCUGCCUGUGAGGAGGAUUCACCUCUGACUGAAUGAAAACUUUCUAGGGAAGGUAGAAGUGAUCAUUUGAGAGUCCUGGGGUGUUAGUUUUUAAGGAAAGUCUGAUUUGACCUUUGAUCCAGUGGAUAAACAGACAUUUCUGGAUAUCAUGGAUGGAGAAUCGUCCAAUAAGGAGACAUCUGGGUCCACAGAGACGACCGCUCAGACUGACACCAACAACAACAACAAUCAGACAGAUGAGCCAGAGCUGGAAGAGAGUAAAGACCCAGGGAGAGAGCCUCCAGCAGAGGAGACACCAGAAGGUCAGGGAGCAACAAAGGAGGGGGAGAAGGAGGAGAAGAUGAAGGAGGAUUCAGUACCAGAGCAGGGAGGAGAAGAGGAGGCCAGCGCUGGAGACACAGACAAGGCCCAGACAACUCCAUCAAAGCAUGUUGAAGGUGACGCCACAGAAGCUGGACAAGAUAAAGACAAAGCCUCUACUGAUGUCAACCUGAAAGAUACUGAACCAACAAGCAAAGAAAAAGAUGGAGAGGGAGAGAAAAAUGAAGACAAGAAAGGUGAGCAGGUGGAAGAGGUCAAGAGCUGUGAGACUGGGGGAGAAGGAGAGGAUGUGACGGACAAAAACAAAGAGAAAAAGAAGAGUAAAACAGAGGAAAAGGCAGAAGAAGCAGAAAAAGAUGUGAGUGAAAAGGCAGCAAAAGGGGCAGAGAAGAAAAAACAAAUCGAGGAAGUGAAUGUAGAAACAAAAGACAAAGGGAAGCCAGCAGAGGUGGAAAAGCAAGCAAAGCCCAAAAGAAAGAGUGGUCCUCCCUCCUCUGCUCUCUCACGACCGAAACAAUCUGCACGCUCUAUAAGGGCAGCCGCUAGAAAUGACAUCAUUGCCAAAUUCCAAAAAGGUGCACCAGAGACACCAAUAGCCCGCAACUUCAAAAUUCAGAAGUCGGCAUCAGCUGGAGCUACAGGAGCUACUAUCAAACAGAAGAUUCUUCACUGGUGUCAAAACAAGACUCGCCGUUAUGAGGGUGUAGAGAUAGAAAACUUCUCAUCAUCCUGGAGUGACGGGAUGGCAUUCUGUGCUCUGAUCCAUCGUUACUUUCCUGAUGCUUUUGACUUCAGCUCCCUGAAUUCAAAGGAGAGGGAGAAAAACUUCACUCUGGCCUUCCAAACUGCAGAGUCCCUGGCCGACUGCUACCCUCUGCUGGAAGUGAAGGACAUGCUCAUGAUGGGCAACAACCCUGACCCCAUGUGUGUGUUCACAUACGUCCAGUCCCUCUGCCAAAGCCUCUCCAAAAUAGAGAAAGAGAGGAAGGACAAAGAAACAGCGGAGAAAGACAAAAAAGUUGGUGAUGAGGGAGAAGAGAAGGGAGAUGCAGCAGGAGAGGCGUCACCGGAGAAGGAUGAGGGAGAGUCUGCUGAGAUUGAGAUGACAGAGAGCCAAGAGGAGAAACAGGAAGAUGUUGAAGAGGCAGAGGCAGCUGGUGAGGAAGAAAAUGCACCAGACAGCUGUGAGACGGAGGGAGAUGGAGGGAUGUUAGUCAAGGCAGAGUCCUAGAAAAAUACUGACGGAAAGAGACUGAAAAGACCAAAAGUAUUGCUGAUGGUUCCCUGAGUAGCUUAAGUCUUAGUCUGGUGUUGGAUUGACUACAGGCAAUGUGAUGUUAGUUAUCUUUAUGUUUGUGUGUUUUUGUUGUUGCAUAUGUUUGUUUUGAGCACAUAAAGAAGAAAUAUUCAGUUCCACCAUUUGCUGUGUAUUUAUAGAAAAAAUGAAUUAAACAAUGACCUUGUGAAUUGGAAA